CAAGCACCCCCAGCCUGCGCCAUGCCGGCUUCGUUAUUCAAGCGUUUUGCGCCGCUGACCCCCGCGACCGUCCUUGACGCUUCUAAGCCUGCUGAGACACCAAAGAAGAAUGAGAAAACCAGGAAGAUCAAGACCGCGGAGGUAAUCGCAGCGCCAGCGAAAGUAGCCCAGGAGGAUGCGAUCAUGGAAGACGCGCCCACAUCAAAUCCUAGCAAGAAGUCCAAGAAGCGCAAGAGUGAGGUAUUCGAGAAGCCAAAGGAGCAAAAUGAAGAUGUUUCGAAGAAACACAAGGGCGUCUUUUCGAAGUUCGAGAAAGCUUCGAAGUUGGCCGAGGCCAGAAAAGACGAAGUUGUGGAAGGCGUCGAGGAUCCUGAGGAGGAGCUGCAUGACCUCCAGCCUAUGCCACAACCAGCCCCUGUACCUGAUCCCGAGUUCGCGCCCACAUUCUCGACCCUGCCUUCGUGGCUCGCCCAACCAAUCACCGUGGAAGCCUCCAAGACCACACCUUUUGAGGAGCUCGGCACACAACCAUACUACGUCAAGAGACUCGAGAAGCUUGGCUUCAAAGACGCACUUGCUGUACAGACCGCACUGCUGCCAAUGCUGCACAGUGGGUUUGAGCAACAUUUGGGAGACAUCUGCGUGUCUGCGAAGACUGGUUCUGGGAAGACUAUGGCAUACCUGCUGCCGAUCAUCGAGGCUCUAAAGGAUCAGGCAGCUCCACUACUAUCUGCAGUAGUGGUUGUCCCUAGUCGUCAACUGGUCGACCAGGCUCUUCAGGUCGCUGAGGAACUAUGCGCUGGAACCAAGAUCAAGGUUGGCACUGCGCUCGGCAAUGUGCCUUUGGCGACCGAGCAGAAAGAGCUGGUCAAGCUGCGAGCUCAGUACAACCCCACCAAAGCGAAGCAGCUGCAUGCGGAGGCAGCGCAACAACUAGCGACUGGCUUCGUGGAGAAGAGCGGUCUGCUUCACAAUCUCAUGAGCAUGCCCCAGGACCACAUUCCUCGCUACGAUUCGGGCGCCGAUAUCCUCAUCUGCACUCCAGGACGACUGGUGGAGCACAUCGAGCACACGACUGGCUUCCAGCUCAAAUCUGUGCGCUGGCUGGUUAUCGACGAAGCGGAUCAGCUGCUGAACCAGAACUUCCAGGGCUGGGCGAGUGUGCUGAUGAACGCAUUGCACAGUGACACACCACCCGAGUUCAUGAACGCCCAGGAACGCCUCAGAGAACGCGAGCAUGGCUCGAUCUGGUCGAUGGCCCUACCUGCCCGCAGACAGCUUACAAAAGUCGUCCUGAGUGCUACGAUGGAGAAGGACCUGACUAAGCUGGGUACACUGAGGCUAAGACGUCCCAAACUUGUCGUUGUUCAGGACGAGAGCUUUGAGGAUCAGCCGUUCCAGACCGAAGAGAAUGUAUUUGAGCUUCCUUCGACCCUCGACGAGUAUGCAGCACCGGUCAACGACGGUGCGAACAAGCCGCUUCACCUGCUGCAUGCUCUGCGCAAUUACGUCUUCGCAGGCAUUGCGUCUUCCAAGAACAUGGAUCCUUCGAAUUCAGCCUCCUCAGACUCUUCUGAUUCGUCUUCGGAUGAGUCCGAGGCAGACGGUCAUAUGUCAAUCGCAGGUCACAUCAGCCGAGUGUUGAUCUUCACGAAAAGCACUGAGAGCGCUUCUCGACUAUCACAUCUGUUCUCCGAGCUAGAGUCCUCCUUUGAGAAGUACAUUAAGACCAUGACUCGUGCAUCUACGGCAGAUGCUGCGCGCAAGCUCCUCAAGUCCUUCCACACGGGCGAUGUCAAGAUCCUGAUAGCUUCUGAUGCAGCGUCUCGAGGCCUCGACAUCCCCAGCAUCACGCACGUCAUCAACUACGACAUGCCAACAAGCAUCACAAGCUACGUGCACCGCGUGGGACGCACAGCUCGUGCAGGCAAGCCCGGUCAGGCGCUGACAUUGUUCUCGAAGACCGAAGCUGCAUGGUUCUGGAAGCAGAUCGCUGUAGGCAAUAACAUACGGAGAGGUGGUAAGAAGGUCAUCCGUAUGGAUUGGAAAGAAAAGGACGUCACAUGCGACGGCAGGAAGAAGGCUUAUCACGCAGCCCUCAAGCAGCUGGAGGGGGCCGUCAAAGGUAGCAAGGAUACAGCCGAGUAGAUCACAGCGAUGCUCAGUACAGCGAUCAGAUCAUUGGCCGUCGCCUACUCGACUAAGAUCAUAUGUGCACAAUUCACAUGCUUAGAUAAUGCCUCCACGGCAGUCGAUCGCGUCUUAGCCUAGCAUACCGCCUAAGGUAAGUUAUGAGCAUGCUUGGCGCCGCAGAAGGAAGGCGGUCGGUCUGCAUGUCCAUAUUGUGGCAGGAGUCGCGAAGCUUUUUCACGAUAAGCACGCGAUUGCUUGACCACCACCAUCACGUCAACGCCUUUGCGCUGCGAUGCGAGACAAGCUACGAGAAUGCUUGACGCAAUUGCUUGAUACCCUCCUCUUUGAGAUCGCGUGCCGCGGCAGAUGGCUGCAUCUUGGGUAAGUAGUCUAAAGUAGACAGGGCAGAGGUCGGGAUUGCAUUACGCUAGGGCCCGAAGAGGCAGGUUGGACAUAAAAUCAAUGCACGCC